AUGGUCAAGCACAACAACCAAUUGCAAAAGAACCACUUCCACAAGGAUUGGCAAAGACGGGUCAAGACCUGGUUCGACCAACCCGGUAAAAAGAAGUCUAGAAGAGUCGCAAGAUCCAAGAAGGCUCUUGCUACCGGUGCUCAACCCCUUCAAAGACUUAGACCUGCCGUUCGAUGUCCCACUCAACGAUACAACAUCCGAAUCAGGGAGGGACGAGGAUUCACUUUAUCCGAAUUGAAACUCGCCGGUAUCAGAAAGAAGGAAGCUAAAGGUCUCGGUAUCGUUGUUGACCACCGAAGACGAUCCAAGUCCGAGGAAGGACAAUCGCUCAACGUCGACAGAUUGAAGGAGUACAAGACUAGAUUGGUCGUCUUCCCUAGAAAACAAGGUAAACCUAAGGCUGGUGAUGCUCAAGGUGAAGACCUUACCGCUCACCUCACCCGAGAAGCCAUCCCUCUCCCCGCCUCUUACACCGCCGAAGCUCCUCGAGCCAUCACCGACGAGGAGAAAUCCACCGACGCCUUCGUCACUCUCCGACUCGCCCGUGCCGCUCAACGAAACGAGGGACAAAGACAAAAGAGACUCAGAGAGAAGGAAGCUGCCGAGAAACAAAAAUAA